CCUCCCUGCCACAGGUGCUGGUGGAAUGAGCGUAGCGUGCGUGUUGAAGAGAAAAGCAGUACUCUGGCAGGACUCCUUCAGCCCCCACCUGAAGCAGCACAACCAAGAUACAGCUAAUCCCAACAUGCCUGUUGUACUGACAUCUGGAACAGGGUCCCAGGCUCAGGCACAGCCAGCUGCAAACCAGGCACUUGCAGCAGGGACACACUCCAGUCCUGUUCCCGGAUCCAUAGGAGUUGCAGGUCGCUCCCAGGACGACGCUAUGGUGGAUUACUUCUUCCAGAGGCAGCAUGGUGAGCAGCUUGGGGGAGGAGGAAGCGGUGGCGGCGGCUAUAAUAACAGCAAACAUCGUUGGCCUACUGGGGAUAACAUUCAUGCAGAACAUCAGGUGCGCUCCAUGGAUGAACUGAAUCAUGAUUUUCAAGCACUUGCUCUGGAGGGAAGAGCUAUGGGAGAGCAGCUGUUGCCUGGUAAAAAGUUUUGGGAAUCUGAUGAUUCCAGCAAAGAUGGACCAAAAGGGAUAUUUCUGGGAGAUCAGUGGAGAGACAGUGCUUGGGGAACAUCAGAUCACUCUGUUUCCCAACCAAUUAUGGUUCAGAGAAGACCUGGGCAGGGGUUUCAUGUGAAUAGUGAAGUCAACUCAGUGCUUUCACCACGGUCAGAGAGUGGAGGACUUGGAGUUAGCAUGGUGGAGUAUGUGUUGAGCUCAUCUCCUGGAGAUUCCUGCCUAAGGAAAGGAGGAUUUGGGCCAAGGGAUGCAGAGAAUGAUGAGAAUGACAAAGGAGAUAAGAAAAAUAAGGGCACGUUUGAUGGUGAUAAAUUGGGAGACCUGAAGGAGGAGGGAGAUGUCAUGGAUAAAACCAAUGGUUUGCCUGUGCAGAAUGGAAUCGAUGCAGAUGUCAAAGACUUCAGCCGCACACCUGGGAACUGCCAGAACUCUGCCAGCGAAGUGGAUCUGCUGGGCCCAAACCAGAAUGGAUCCGAGGGCUUAGCCCAGCUGGCAAGUACUAACGGUGCCAAGCCAGUGGAAGAUUUCUCCAACAUGGAGUCCCAGAGUGUCCCCCUGGAUCCCAUGGAGCACGUGGGCAUGGAGCCUCUGCAGUUCGAUUACUCCGGCACUCAAGUUCCCGUGGACUCGGCCGCAGCCACCGUGGGGCUCUUCGACUACAACUCCCAGCAGCAGCUGUUCCAAAGACCCAAUGCUCUGGCCGUGCAGCAGCUGACAGCAGCACAGCAGCAGCAGUAUGCCCUGGCUGCUGCCCACCAGCCUCACAUAGCAGGUUUAGCCCCUGCUGCCUUUGUCCCCAAUCCAUACAUCAUCAGUGCUGCUCCCCCGGGAACGGAUCCGUACGCCGCAGGACUCGCUGCUGCUGCCACGUUAG